UGUCAUUUAUUGUUCUACAAAGACUUCUAGGAAAAUUUAUAAAUUUAAUUAUUAAUAGGAAACAUAGACACAGCCGGAGGAAUUUUUUUUUUGGGUAUAUUGUGAAUUCGGUUUCCCCUUUUAUUGGCAUUACGAAGAGUAUUGCAACAACAAGUGUUGAAAGAUAGUUGGCAUAAAUUAACUUAUUGUUGGAGUGUAUGUGCCCAUUCACUGAGAGAUCAAAGUUUAUUAAUUUAUCUAACAAUUUAAAACUUGUGGAAAACAAAAAUACAGACGUCCGAAGUAGUUAGAGCAAUUAUUCGGGUCAAUCAAGUUUUGAAAAAAAAAAACCUAAUAGUGGAACCAAAUUGAGAUUAUGCUGCGGGAUACAUAUUGGGAACACAUUAUCUGUGAUUCUGCCGUCACCUCCGGCACCACCAUAAUAUUGCAGCAUGUGUGGGAAUUUCCAAUGUACGCAACGAAAAACAUGUCUUCAAGAACCUUCAGCAGUCAGCAAAAUGAUGUUAGAUCUGCCUGGCAUCUGGAUGUGGAUAUAGAUAGAAACGUUUUUCUCAAUUGUACAGCAUUAUCAGAUUCACCCGCAGGCGUAAUGUAUAUCUUCAGUUAUUCGGCAUCUAUCUUGGAAAAAAAUACUCAAAGGGGACAUGAAUUUGGUGAAAAAUCCACCAAACGUUGCUUGGAAAGAAACAAAUGGUUUAUUGGAAUCCUGCCUGAUUAUGAUACGUACAAUUGCGGUGGUUUCUGUUAUCUAUAUAUUUUAAUAAAAAUUUCCACCGUUAACAUCUCGCUUUCUAAAACGCCCAUAGAGUCGAACGCAGUCGUAUAUGUGGCUGCAACAACAACAAAAGGCCCUCAGGGAGAUCUUUCUAAGGACCUAUCGGUGGCGCUGAAAACUGGAAAAGAUAGUGAUAUAACCCUCGUUGCUAAGGGCAUCGAGAUUAAGGCCCAUAAGUUUAUAUUGUCGCUACGGAGCGAUGUCUUUGCAGCGAUGUUCGAGCACAAAUCAAUGAAGGAAAAUUCUACAAAUUGUGUGGACAUAGAAGAUUUUGAAGCCAAUGUUAUACGAGAAAUGUUAAGCUUUAUGUACACAGGCAAGCUUGGGCCGAAAUUGGAUUGGACGUUGGCUAAAAAUCUCUAUGCAGCGGCCGACAAAUAUAACGUGAAGCAGUUAAAAGCGGAAUGUGAAAAAUUCCUGAUGAGCGACCUUGGCAUCCAGACUGCUGUUCGGACCCUUAUAAAAGCUGAAGUCGAUAAAAAUGCCGAAAAAAAAUUGCAAGCCUUGCAAUUCGUCAAAGACAAUAUUGAAUGGGUAGUCCGCACACACGCGUGGAGGGAAUUGUCAUUUCGUUAUUCACAUUUAAUUGUGGAACUUAUGAACAUAAAGUAAUUUUUUAAAAUAUUUUAUUUUUUUUAACGAUUUAGAAUUCUGAAUUUACUUUUUGUUUCGCCCAAUACUUAUUUGUAAACCUGAUUUUUUUUAAUUUUUUCGUGCUUUCUAAAACACAAUGCCGUUGAUUGAAAGUUGCAAGCCGUACAAUUUGUCAAAAGUAACUUUAAAUUGGUAGUUAAAAUUCGCAUUUAGUUGUGGAACAUUUUAGUUUAUUCAUUUGUUUUUAAAACGAUACUUGAUUUUACUUUUUGUUAUCUCCCACCUUAUC